GGCUGAUGAACACACCUGCCCAUGUCACUGGCCUGCUUCACAGAAACCCAUCUCUGCCCUUGCCGGGAACGUUUCCCAGCCUCAGAAAAAGAAGCAACCCCCCGAAGACCUUCCCUCAUGGUAUCUGAAUCUUGCUGAACUAUGGCUUUUGUCCUCUGCUCACUGCUGUUGCUGGUGCUGCUUGGAGGUCCUAUUUCAGAGGGGCAGUCUUUGCACAAGAUAACUCCUGGAACUUUGGAUCUGGGGUACUUACCUGCUGGAAACUAUGAGACCAACCUGCAUGUCGAUUCUGGGCCAAUUGAAAUUUUGUUUAGAAUUGUCCGAGCCUUCCUUUUUGUGGUGCAGCCCAAUCCUUUCCCUGAAGACCUCAUCAGAAAGGCUGUACAACAAAGGUUUGAGCACACAAAGGAUGAUUAUCAGAAGAUUGCCCACUAUGAAAUCGGCUUUAUUGUGUUGGCCGGCCUGGGAUUGCUGUUUGUUGUGCUCCUGCCCCUCAUUGGGAUGUGCUUCUGCAUGUGCCGUUGCUGCAACAACUGUGGCGGAGAGAUGCACCAGAGACAGAAGAAGAACGGCGACUGUCGCAGGCGCAGCUUUGCCACAUCACUCUUUGUGGUUUCCUUGAUAAUGAGCAUCGGUGUUUUUUGUGCUUUUGCCACAAACCAGCACCUUACAACUCAAGUUCAAGGAAUGUGGCCACUAAUAAAGAGUAAUUUUAAAGACCUGAGAACUCUUCUGACUGAUACUCCAGAGCAAAUCGACUAUCUAGUGAGCCAAUUUGAUACCCCAAAGAAUCAAGCGCUGUUAGAUCUGGACAAUAUUGGACCAUUGCUUGGAGGCCGAGUCCAAAAUCAGUUGGGAAAACAUGUCCUCCCAGCUCUUGAUGCAGUUCUGAAUAUGGCAGGAGCGAUCAGAGAAACCAGAGAAGCGUUAGAGAAUGUGAGUGCCUCCAUGGAGAUCUUGCAAGAGGGUACCAACAGACUCAGCGCCAACCUGACCGAUGCCAAAGAGAACCUGAACAAUACCCUCAAUGAUGCUGCCUGCUCAGAGGCUCAGGCUGCCUCCACCUGCAACGUUAUUAGGAAUUCAUUAAACCAGCUGAGUAUCAAUGCCAACUUCAGUCGGCUUCCACCGGUGACCUCACAGCUUGCCAAAGUCAGUGAAGUUCUUAAAAUUGAUUUAGCCAGUCUGGUUCAAAAGGGAUAUGCAGCAUUUAAUGAUACGCCUAAUUUGGUGCAGAAUCAAACCAAGAAUAUUCUGGCAGAUGUCAAAAGUGUUUUGGAUUCCAUUGGUACAAAUAUCACUGUUGUUAUCAAAAUGCUUCCUAUUCAGGAGACGAUAACAGAUUUCAUAAUUUAUCUUACUCAGACUGAGACGUAUAUUGAAAAUUAUUUCCCCUUAGUUGAGCAGUACGACUUCUAUAGAUGGCUGUCUUGUUUAAUCGCCUGUUGUUUGCUGAUCCUGAUUCUGGUCUUUUACUACCUGGGAUUAUUGUGUGGUGUCUGUGGUUAUAACAAACACAAGACUCCGACCAACCGUGGCUGUGUAUCAAACACUGGAGGCAACUUUCUCAUGGCUGGAGUUGGAUUCAGUUUCCUGUUUUCCUGGGCACUGAUGAUCAUAGUGGUUUCCACAUUUGUUUUGGGUGGAAAUGUAGAAAAAUUGGUCUGUGAACCCUUUAAAGACAAGGCUAUAUUUCAGGUUUUGGAUACCCCCUAUUUAUUCAAUCCACAAUGGAAAAACUACCUUUCGGGUCUCCUGUUUAAAAAUCCUGAUGUUAAUCUCACCUUUGAACAAGUUUACAGUGACUGCAAGAAAAAUAAAGGCAUUUAUACCUCUCUGCAGCUUGAUAAAUUCUACAAUAUCAGCAAAUUUCUGUCCAUUAGUCAGUAUACCCAAGAUCUAACAGUUCAAUUUGAAAGUAUUAAAAUAAACCUCAGCACCAUAGUUUUGCUGGAUGAAGUAGGAAAAGAGAACCUCUUGAAUUUCAGUUUCUCAGGAAUAGAUGGAAUUGAUUUUGCAGCUUACUUGGCUGAGGUCAAUAAGAGUAUAACAAAAGUGGAUCUAUUAUCAUUUGCCAAUGAUUUAGAAGCAAGAGCAGAACAGUUGCCCAAAGGAGCUUUGGAAAAUGCCCUGAAAGGGCAUGCAAACAACAUUCGAAUGAUCCAUCGUCAACAUGUGGUCCCUAUGGAGCAGGAAAUGAGCAUUUUAAAUCAAAGUAUCAGGUUGCUGCAAAAGACUGCUACUGAACUUAUGGUUAAAGUGUCUCAAGUCAUUACCACUGUGGAAGGUGCUCAGUUCCUCAUUAAUAAUAAUGCUUCCUUUAUUAUUAUUGAGGAAACUAAGAAGUAUAUGAACAUGAUCAUAGACUACUUUGAACAGUAUAUUCAGUGGGUCAAAGAUUCGAUCGCCUUGGAUGUGGCAGCCUGCAGACCCCUGGCCAACAUCAUAGAUACUGCUAUAGAGAUAUUUCUGUGUAGCUAUAUAACUAACUCUGUGAAUGCAUUCUGGUUUGGCUUGGGAGGUGCCACGAUAUUUUUAGUUCCUGCUAUAAUUUUUGCUGUAAAGCUAUCCAAAUAUUAUCGUCGAAUGGAUUCAGAAGAUGUCUAUGAUGAUGUUGAAACUUUACCCAUGAAAAAUAUGGAAAAUGGUAAUUAUGGUUAUCAUAAAGAUCAUUUUUAUGGUCUUCACAAUCCUGUUAUGACAAGUGCCAUGGAACAGUGGUAGAGAAUAUUGGAAUUGGAUGAGCCUCAAGAUGCACACAUGGAAGAGAACAUAGAAUUCUACCUAUAUUCUGAUCUACAAGCACCUUUCAAAUCCAGUAUGGUUUUUGGUGGCUUACUAGUAGUAACACAGCUUUAAAUCAAGGAACCAUAUGAUGUAACAUGGGUUGCCAUGAUAUGAGCUUAUGGAUGGUGCAUUUCCCGACUAGAGCUCUAUCACCAGCACGUUUCUCUGGUUAACCACUGUUCAAGGCUAAUGCCACUGGAUUUUCAAUGUUGUGGGGGGUGGGGGAAGAUGUUAGUUUUCGGUUUUUACUUUUUUACACUGGGUUUCUAUCUCAAAACCAUGCAUACCUGUAUAUCGGCUCUGUUUAAUGCUAUUUUUCAGGGAAUGAUUGCCUAUGUGUAAUC